GAGAGGCGGGAGAUCAUGGAAGGACGAAGUAUCGUGGGCUACGGCUACGGAACUGCCGAGGAGCAGAGGCAGCACCUGGUUCCCAACCAACCCUUGGCCGACGAGCUUGACACCUUCAAGUGCCUGCCGCAGCUGCGGGAGUGCAAGAAGUUGCUGGAGCAGAAGGGGGCGAAGCCCGGCGAAAAUCCCUUCAACCCGGCCUACCUCACCACGGAGGAGUUCGUGGAGAGAAGAGAUGCCAUCUUAGAGAAAUACAAGGACGCGAAGUUCAAAUAUUCAGGUCACUGA